AUGCAGACAGUGCGUGGCAACGUCCUGCGCGCCAGGAGCUUCACGCAGCAGCUGCCAGCGCCGCCGAAGCUGCGGACCUCAGACCCGGCGCAGCACUCGGUGUCGGGCUCGUCGUCCGUCUCGUUGCGCGAAGAGAGAGACAGGGACGACGUUGUGCAGCGGACGUCGAGUCGACGUCGACGUCGCGAGAGCACAGCAACGAUCGGUGGCAGCGUACGACCGGAGGAUCUGACCCGUGAGCACCGGAACAGCACUAGUUGUGCUGGUUGUGCUCGCAGUAGUAGUAGUAGUAGUAGCAGCAGCUGUACUACUACUACUACUGCUACUGCUGCUAUGCGAGGUGCUUCGGCUCUGUCGCUCGUGAAUGGCGUGCUGUCGUGGCUCAUGGUGCGUACUGGCGCCUCUCCCACGAGGCUCGAGCAGCAGAACGAGGAGCUGAAUCGAGGUGUCGAUGAUCUUUUGGUCGAGCAGAAACACAGUGCUUUCUGGCGACUCGUGCAACGCAUUUUGGACCUCAAUGACGUCGUGCUCAUGAUCCGAGUCCUGCUCGACUUUUUGCAGGACGACCUUGGCGCAGUAGCCGCUGCCGUCUUUCUCGUGGACCAAAAUUCGCAGAGUAUGUCUCGCAUUACCCGAGGUGCACCGACUCUGUCUGGACUGGUGUCCUCGCGAGGACUGGUGGGCGACGUGCUGCAGACGCAGCAAGCACGGUUUCUCGAAGACUUUAGCUCGAUAGAAGGGUACGACCCCGAGGUGGACUUGGCACAUGAGUUUCCCGAGCAGAAGCUCCUUUGUGUGCCAUUGAUGGAGCGUGGCUCAGUGUAUGCCAUCGUUGAGGCAACGACUGCCCGCUCGACACAGCGUGUGAUGGACGAGCUGCAUGUGAAAUUGUUGACGUGGUUAGGACCGCUUCUGAGCUCCUGCAUGCGCAAAUGUAUCGAGUUUCACGACGUACUGCUGUCGGAGCGUACGCAGAAAGCUUUGCUUCACAUUAUUAGCUCAUCAGAUACGGAAGACACAGUGUUGAACCUCGUGGACGGUGUGAUCGACGGAGCGUGCCAUAUUACCAAAGCUGAGAGCGUAUCGCUAUUUAUGAUUGACUGGGAGACCGAGGAACUUUGGUCGCUUUCGUCAAGCUACUACGACGAGACGCUUCGCGUUCCCCUUCGAGAUAGUAUGCUGGGUCUUGCCGCUACUACUCAGCAGACACUGAACGUCCAGGACCCCGAGGCGGACCCUCGCUACAACCAGUCGGUCGAACAGCGUCGUGGCAUUCACACGCGCUGUGUGCUGUACGUUCCGGUCGGCAUUCAGCGAUCUUCACAAAAUAACGAAAUGUCUGCUGCUAGCAGUAGUCGACCUAUUGCCGUGCUAGAGAUCAUCAACAAAGUGGAAGAGAUGCCUGGUGGGCUGACAAGUGGAAGCUGUCCUGGAUUUACUUUUGACGAUGAGUGUGCUCUUGAGGCGUUUGCAUGCGAGGUUGCAGUAAUUCUACGUCGACGCAGUAACGAGAUCGAAUACAUCAAGUUAUUGGCGGACACGCGGGCGGAGCAGGUUCUAGCAAAACGUGCUCGCAGCCAGGUAAACCUGCUCGAAUGCUACACGAGCUAUGCGUCCGCAGCCCACGUACAUCCUGAAGCAUGUCUGCGUAACUCGUUCGUUCGAAGUAAUCGGCACGUGGCAGGUUGUUCUGGAUGUGCAGAAACUGCCAAGCUGAAGGAUCAAGUUGACCUGCCUGCUUUGGCUACCGCUGUGAUUGCCAAGAGUGAAGUGAGCGAUUACGUCGAGCAGCGGUUUGGCAAGGUGAUUCGUCACAAGAAGCAAAACUCUGGCCGACUGGGCUACGAGUUCGCCGGCAGCAACGAUCAUAUCCCGUCCCAGUUAUUAUUCAGUGCGCCGCAAGGUUCGCGAUUCCCGUCGUGGGAUUUCAAUGUUUUUACCACGGACCCGGCGGUUCUGCCGAAGCUCCUCGAAGAGAUGUAUCUGGAUUUCAAGGUGGAUGAAGUACUGCACACAACGAAGCACCGCCUGCAAAACUUCAUUGUGGCCAUGAAGGAACACUACCAUCCGAAUCCGUUCCACAACUUCUUGCACGCGUUUUCUGUCGUACACGCUUCCUAUCUGCUGUUGAGCACAACUGAUGCUGGCCAAAUGCUACAGCCGCUGGAUAUCGCAGCUUGUCUCGUUGCAUCACUUGGUCAUGACGUAGACCAUCCGGGGCACACAAACGACUUCGAGGUGAAGUCCGGUUCGCAGUUAGCAAUGUUGUAUUGCGACGAGUCCGUUCUCGAGCAUCAUCAUGCUUACACGACUUUUCGCUUGAUCUUGAAGGAGAAGAAUGCAAACAUUUUGCAGAAUCUGAACCCUGCCGAUUACCGUCAUUUUCGCAAAAUGGUGAUCAACGCGAUUCUAGGCACGGACAUGGCAAACCAUUUCAAGUUUCUAGAGGCAAUCGAAAAGGUUCUACGACCUACUAGCCACCACGUUGACACAACUGCGAUUUCAUCAGCCAAGCGCGACAACUCGAAUGCCUCGGCUAUCGUAGCGGUGAGUGGCGGGUCGAAGCCAAGGCUGAACAUUGCGACAGCAGACGAUCAAGAAAAGGAGAUUUUGAACGUGUUGCGCGACGCCGUCAUGCAGCCUGACGGAAAUGUACUAGUGACCUCUUGUGGUGACGCUGGUGGUUCUUCCCCGACUCCCUUCCACCAGGUCACCGGUGGAAAGAAGUGCACUUCGGCAAGUGGUCGAUCAACAAAUGGCGGCUGGAUGUACAACGGCACUGUAGAAGACCGUUCGUUCCUCGUAAAAAUGCUUGUACACGCGAGUGACUUGUCAGGGCAAGUGUUUCCGAAACCUAUUGCUUUGAAAUGGAGCAACAUGAUCUCGAAAGAGUUUGCGUAUCAAGCGUUGAUGGAGCAAGCUGAAAAUAUCCCGAUCUCGUACCGAAACAUCGAUGACCCGUUGAAAAUGGUCGAAGGUCAGCUCUUUUUCGCACAGAAGAUCGUGUCGCCACUUUGGGACCUCAUGUACAUUAUAUUUCCGAGCAUUGACGAGUGCAUGCUGAAUUUGCGGUCGAACGUCGCGCAUUACGAGCAAGAGCUGCAACGGCUCAAGCAAGAACGCUUUGGAGAGAGUCUUGGUGCUGAUCACACGCGAGAAGAGUGCGACGAGGAGGAGCAAAAGUGCACAGUAGAGGAAGCCCAUGACAGGAAAGCACGUCGAGAUUCUAUGUGCAGCAGCGAGGAUGAAGGCGUGGCGGUCCCCGGACUUGCCAGACACAACCCAGCAAAGUUCAACUCCUUUCGUACGAUACCAGAGGACGACAGCAGCAGCAAUAGUAACAGUGACGACAACGACGCAGACUUUGAUGGUGAACCCAGUGUAGGAGCUAGCGCUCUCGCGGCAGCAGAGAGGUCUCGCAAGGCAGCUCGUUCAAGGUCGAAUAGCAUCAGCAGUAAAAGUAGCAGCGACUUCGACCUGGACGAACAGUCUCUCGUAGUUUAUGAAUAA